CGCAGCUAUAAAUUUUGAUGGAUUCACGACCCGUCGGAUGUUUUUUUCCUGUAAGAACUAUAUAUGCACGACUCUCAAGACAUAAUAAAACUUCUAUCACUGCAGCAUUCACGCGCUUGAAAAUGAAGGAUUGGUGAAAUGCUGGAUUUUCGGACAUCGAACACUGUUUAGUGUUGGUACUAAUAACUUACUUUGAUUUGUUGUUAACCAGACGAGUCAUUUUCGAAUAUUCUGGAGCUACCGCGGAUUCUAACUCACAUCAGAUCUACUCCGGAUACACGUAUCUUUGUAACCAUGGCAGCAGAAGUGCACAGUACCAAGACGCGACUCUGUCUAUGCGUGUUCGGUGUAUUGCUGUCCAUGAUUCCUGCAACAUUUUCUUUAUCUUGUAAUGUACCAGAUCUGCCCUGCUUAUGCGAAGGACCAACCCAAGGGAGUGGCGAUCAUAUCGAGUACCACAGAAUUACCUGUUUCCUGACAGGAGAAUGGAACGUCACCAUAGGAGUGAUUCCUCUUACUAGAUCCCUAAUUCUGAGCUGCAGCCACGGUGGUAAUGGAACAGAAGAACCUGCCGAUUUGAAGGAGGAUCUGUUCCAUAAAUUUGCAGGAGUCUUGCAGAAUCUUACAAUGAGGCGGUGUAAAAUUGGUAAUUUGCCAACCGAGAUCUUUACCGACUUGAUCCUUCUUCAGAGGUUGCUCCUAACAUCUGUAGAUUUGAAUGGUGAAAGGUUAUCAGCGAUUGGAGGAAUAAAAAAAAAUGCCUCCGUCAAACUCUACUCAAAUAAACUGCAUUCACUAAACUCAGAUUCCUUUGGAAAUUACUUCAGCAAUGUCUCGUCCCUCGAUCUGUACUCCAACAGCGUUCAGGAGAUUGGGAACGGCACAUUCGCGAUGUUUCCAUCUCUCAGAAAGUUAUUCCUUGGAAACAACACCAUUAGUGUUGUCAAAGAGGGCGCUUUCAGUGGACUCCAGAGGCUUUCAGAGCUCAAUGUAAGAGGCAACCCCAGCAUGUUCGACGGUAGCUGGUGUCUGUUUAAGAACGUUCCUUUCUUGACAACGCUUGAUGUAUCUUUCACCGGUUUAACGAACGCCACCCAAUUUAACUGUGCCCCUCUUGUACAUUUGAGAAGGCUGCUUAUCCAUGACAAUAACUUAACAAAACUUGAUGGUUCGGUUUUUGCUCUCAUGCCCAACAUAACUUUCAUCGACGUAUCAAACAAUGAUCUAGAAUAUAUCCACUCGAGUGCGUUUCACGGAGGACUGAAUGGCUUGAACCAUGUUGACAUGAGCGGUAACCAUCUUCGUGACUUCCCAAUAUUAGCUUUCGAGUCGACCCCAAAUAUUAAAUCAAUCAAUAUCUCUUACAACUAUCUUCGUGUGAUUAAGAAGGGAACAUUCAGCGGUCAAGCCUCCCUCCAAACCAUAGACCUCUCCUUUAAUCGCCUUCACACCAUAGAUAUGUUUGGAUUCGUUGCCCUAGAUAAUCUGACAAUGAUUGACCUAAGACACAACAACUUUGCCAUCUUCCCGGAAAAUGUGGUUUGGCCUUUUGAUAUUCAGCCACCGCACAUACCAAUAAAAACAUUUCUACAAGGUAAUAACUUUAAUUGUGGAUGUCAUUGGAUGUUUUAUAUACGAAGAGGUGAGUUUAAAGAUACAUAUCCGUUUUUCAUUCUUUCUGAUAACUCGACUUGGACUUGUAAGGCGCCCUCCCCGGUGGCCAACAAGCCUAUGAUGACACUACCCCUAGAGGAUUUCUGGUGUCCAUAUUAUAAUGACGAAGCCUGUAGGCGAGGAUCAUGCGAAUGCUACAGUCGUGAUGUUGAUGAAGCUAAUGUCUUCUUCUGCAAUAAUAAUACCAUGCAUUCCUUGCCAAACUUUCCUGCAAAUACAUUCAUGUUUGAAUGCGACGGAUGCCUUAUUGACGACCAGGUUACCUUGCAAGUAGGUGCUUUUCAGGCUAGUGCUCGUCUUACUUUUCUUGUUCUUCAGGACAUUGGACUCGAAAGAAUUUUACCUGGUGCUUUACAAGAAUUUCCCAAUCUGCAACAGCUGGAUGUUUCGUACAAUGUCUUAAACACAUUCAGUGAUGACAUUAUAACUAAUCUAACCCAUCUGCACACAGUCGAUCUGUCGAACAACCGGGUGAAUUCACUUAGUUCCAAUACAUUUGCGACAAAUCUUAAUCUAACGACUGUAAAACUCCAUAGCAACAAUCUCAAAACUCUUGAAGACGGCGUCUUCAACUCCACAACUUAUCUGGAGGUUCUGACCUUACACAACAACCCUUUUGUUUGUAACUGCUCUCUCUUUUGGUUAAAGCAAUGGCUUCAAUCCCAUCUGGACGUCGUUCCUCAACUCUAUGACGUCAAGUGCUACGUCAACUCCUCGAACCCUGACUUGUACCCGAUCAUCCAAGUGGCUGACCUGGACUUUGGAUGCUAUAACCCCGACGUCCUGACCGUCCAGGAGUACAACGCUGUCAUCGUCACAUCGACACUCACUCUGUUAUUCCUGAUGGUUGGGGCGGUGACGUUCCGACAUCGACGAGCCAUACGCGUCAUCCUCUACACGCGAUACGGAUUCCAUGUCUUGCACGAUGACGACGACGAUGAUGUCGUCUUGGACAACGUGAGAUGGGAGUAUGAUGCUUACAUCGCGUACAGUGAUGAAGACAUCCAGUUCGUGCUCGAGAACAUCAUACCAAUCCUGGAAGACGAUGACAACCUUCGCUACAAGUUAUGCGUACGUCAUCGGGACUUUCCUCCAGGUGGAUGCAUAGCCACCACCAUUGUGACCAGUCUGGAAGCCAGCCGACGCAGUAUCGUCUUGAUAAGUCGAAGUUUCCUCCAGGAUGAAUGGCGACUCCUCGAGUUCAAGACAGCUCACCAGCGCGUCCUCAAGGAUAAACGGAACAAGAACCUCAUCCUCGUCUUCCUCGAGGACCUCACCAAGGACGAGAUGGACGAUGACAUGAGGUAUUACGUCACCGCCAAUGCGUAUUUGUCGACCACAGAUCGCCUGUUUCGAGAAAACCUUCUAUAUGAGAUGCCCCGUCGUCCUCUGGGUGAAAUUCAUGGUGACGUUGAUGAAAGAUGAAACUAAAGGUCAGCAUAGCAUUCCGCCGAUUCUUUCUUAUGUAUAUAACUUCAUGUUCUUAUAUCUUAUAUCUUAUAUGACUGUAUACCAUAUAUAUUAUAUAGAUAUAGAUAUUUCUCUUAAUUUAUCAUUUCUGUAUGACUAUGUUACCAACAAAUUGUAUUUGCCUCUUUUUUAUUGUGUUGAUGAGUCUUGGUUUUCUGAACACUUCUUCAUUUGUUAUCUUUUUUUCAUCUUGAUAUAUUCAUAAUCUUACUCAAGAACCAAAGCUCUUUGAUUAUUGUCCAACUCUCUUACCCGUAGAGAAACGCUGAGCAGGGCCCCGUCUUACAAAGAGUUGAAAUCAAUCGCAACUUAUUUGCAAUUGCUAUCAAUCGCAAGUAUGUACAUAAGAGGUAGAAGACUGCAAACUUGCGAUCGAUUGGAAGACUUACGAUCGAUUCGGAUCAAUCGCAACUCUUUGUAAGACGGGGCCCAGAUAUAAUCACUUUAAGCUACGGAUGUCGGUUUUACAUGGUUAUGUUCCAUUUGUUUUUAUUACGGUUUUUAUUUGUAACCUUUGCAAAUGCAAUUCUUCAAAAUAUCUCGUGAAUACUUUCCCAUCUAAUGAUACAGUGUACCCAAGGUAUUUGAAAGUGUGGACUUGCUUUAUUGUCUCCCUUUAUAAUAUAAUAAUAUAAUAA